ACAUGUCGGCCUGGCAGGCAUGGCGGUUGCCAUGGUGACCCAGGGACGGAUCUGAUGCAGCAAACAGUGACUGAGAUAAAGCUACUGUAGCUGUAGCCUACGUUUUCUGCUCUGACGUGCGGUUAAAAUCUUCAGGAAAAAAUAACUUCCGUGAGUACAAUUAUCUCAACAGGUAACGUUACUGCAGAUCACUGGUGUCCUCCGAGCUUGGAUGCUAGACGGCAGGAUGCACUUCUGCCCACCUGUCAGUCGAGACAGGGUUAUCUCUGACUUCCCAAAGUGCUAUAACCCAAAGGCAUGUCUACAGGAGAAACACGACUGGAACAGCCAAGCAAAGAUGGCAUGCAAGGAGAGAGCAGAGCGACAACAGGCGUGGGACAGACUAAAGAUGUCCAAAGCAGUGGUGGUUGGAGACCUGAACGUGGGCAAGACAUGUCUAAUUAACAGGUUUUGUAAGGAUGUGUUUGACAGGGAUUAUAAAGCCACUAUUGGGGUGGAUUUUGAGAUCGAGAGAUUUGAGCUCUCUGGCAUUCCCUUCUCUCUUCAGAUCUGGGACACGGCGGGUCAAGAGAAAUUUAAGUGCAUUGCUUCAGCCUACUACAGAGGAGCUCACGUAAUCAUCACAGUCUUUGACAUGUCGGAUAUCAGAACUUUAGAACACACUCGGCAGUGGCUGGUAGAAGCUCUGAGGGAGAAUGAACCCAAUGCCUGUUCUGUGUUCCUACUGGGCACCAAGAGUGACCUGAUGUCUCCAGAGAUGCGGGCCAGUUUAGAGAGAGAUGCUGUCAAAUUGGCAUCAGAGUUACAGGCGGAGUUCUGGAUGGUGUCAUCCAAAACAGGAGAGAACGUGAAUGAGUUCUUCUUCCGUGUGGCGGCGAUAGCCUUUGAGGAUGCCAUCCUGAGGGAUCUGGAAGGAACAGCCACACAGAGCAUUGGCCAGGGAGACAUCAUUAGGGCAUCGCUGGAGGACACUCCGAACAAGGAAGUGAAAAAGACAUGCUGCUGAAGCCACAACCCCACCCCCCAGGAUGGAGGGAGAGAAGACACAGCUGCAGACGAGAAGAGAAAGGGAACGAUCCGAGAGGAGAAGAGACUGAACUGCAAAGCACCAAAGCUGCAGUGUUGUCAGCAGUGUUUUCGAGAAAGCUCUCUCAGAUCAGCGAGCUGCUCCCCCUUCUUUGAGGGAGGGCUGGCCUGGCCUCGAGCACACACUUACUGCAGUGUUCUUCUCAUCCCCUUCUGUUGUUUCUUGAGGCAGAAGGGCAGAGUUUACAUCUCUAUUUAGUCAUAUGCUGUCCCCCCCCCCCCCCCCCCCUCAGUUUGACAGACACUUUAAGCAAAAGUGGCAUAGAGUAUACUAUAAACAUGUAGUUAGGGUAUAGGGCAUAAAUUUAAUUUAGGAACAUACUGGUAAAACUUGUAAUGUGCUGUAAGUUGCUUUGGGUAAAAAUGUCUGCCAAACAUCUCAGGUGAGAAAAUGUUUUAAAACUGGAGAUUAUUAUGAUCUACGGCUAAAGGGGCACCACUUCAUUUGGUAUUGAUCUACCCAUUUUAAUGAUUUAUGAGAGGGAAUAUAUCAUCUCUGUCAGUGCUUCUGUACAAUACAGUAUAGGCAAUGAAUGUUAUUCAUGAAAUAUGUAUACACAUGGCGGUGCCAGCCAUGAGCAUUCCUUAUUAGAUCAGUAUUGUAUUGCCUUGUAGCAUAAAACAUACAAUAUUAUGUAAAAUAGUACGGUAUUGGUCUACACCAGUGAUCACCAAAUUAUGAUGAAAUAUUUUGUCAGCUAGUUUAGUAUGAUAUGAUUUUUGUAAUUUUUUUCUUUGUUAUUAUUUUUUUUUAUUUAGUGUUCUAACUUUGGACAUUAGAUGACUUUUGUUGUCUUCUAUGGAUUUUCUAGACAAUUGAAAGACAGAUGAUUAAAUGAAUGCAACCUCAUGAAACUGUUUUGCUGUAUGAGGUUUUUACUGAGAGGAAUUAUGAAGAAUAAACAUUAUGAAGAAAA